UGUAUGCCGUGUUAGUUUAGAAAUCCCAUUGUGCUAGAUUAGAAAAAAACAAGAACACUCGCAAGAUAACACUAAAAUAUUGCGGUAGAGGAGAUGUUUCAAGAUAAUGCUCGUAUUUCAUACCGCCUCAACCGGACCGCCGCCGUCAAAUCUCCAAAAUCAGAAAGGUCAAAGAAAAACAAGUCUUCCAGUCAAUGAAAUGACUAGAUUAUCCCUUCUCCUUUCAUUUUUACCUGUUGUCAAACUAGUCAAACCAAAAAUACGCCCAUCAUUUAUAAUCUGUCCAAAUAACCGUUUCUAAUCAAAUCCUCUCUCAUUUCCUUCUCCGAUUAUUAGUUGCUAUGCUCUCCGCAAAGGUUCGCCGUAAAAUAGCUCCGGCGAACGGAGACACUGACAACUCCGCAGACAAACAAGACCAGCUCCUCCUCUCCGCCGCCAUCUACAACGGCGAAGACCUCGGUCCUUCCGUCCGCAAGGCCUUCGCUUCUGGUAAGCCGGAGACACUCCUCCACAAUCUUCGCCACUUCGCUCGUUCUAAAGAAUCUGAAAUCGAAGAAGUCUGCAAAGCUCACUACCAAGACUUCAUCUUAGCCGUUGAUGACCUCCGAUCUCUCCUUUCCGAUGUCGAUUCACUCAAAUCCGCACUCUCCGAUUCCAACUCCAAGCUGCAGUCCGUCGCUGGGCCCCUCUUAACCUCCCUCGACUCCUACCUCGAAGCUCAAACGGUAUCGCAUAAUGUAAACUUAGCUCUCAGUUUGAUUUUCUCUUGUAUCAAGCUAUUAGAGCUUUGUUCCAGAAGUAAUUACCAUUUAUCUCGCGGUAAUUUUUACAUGGCGUUGAAGUGUGUGGAUUCGAUUGAGACUGAUUUUUUAGAUAAAACGCCGUCGUCUACGUUGAAGAGAAUGUUAGAGAAGAAGAUCCCGGAUAUUAGAUCGCAUAUAGAGAGGAAAGUUAGUAAGGAGUUUGGUGAUUGGUUAGUGGAGAUUCGUGUGGUGAGUCGGAACUUGGGGCAAUUGGCUAUUGGUCAAGCCUCUGCGGCGAGGCAGAGAGAGGAGGACUUGAGAAUUAAGCAGAGGCAAGCUGAAGAACAGAGUAGGCUUAGUUUGAGAGAUUGUGUUUAUGCUUUGCAAGAGGAGGAGGAGGAAGAUGGGCUUAGUGGUGUGAUGGGUGAUGAUGGUAAAGAUGGGUAUGGUAAUGGUGGUGGUAAUGGAUUGUUGGGGUUUGAUUUGACACCCCUUUAUAGGGCUUAUCAUAUACAUCAGACCUUAGGACUUGAAGAUCGGUUUAAGCAGUACUAUUUUGAGAAUAGGAAGCUUCAAUUGACUUCAGAUUUUCAGGUGUCCUCGAUGACCCCAUUUCUUGAAUCGCAUCAGACUUUCUUUGCGCAAAUUGCGGGGUUUUUUAUUGUGGAAGAUCAAAUCUUGAGGACUGGAGGGGAUUUGAUUUCGAGAAUGAAAGUUGAGAAUUUGUGGGAAACUGCUGUUAGUAAGAUGUGUUCUGUGUUGGAGGAUCAGUUUUCUAGAAUGCAAACUGCAAAUCAUCUCUUGUUGAUUAAGGAUUAUGUGAGUUUGCUUGGAGUAACUUUGCGGAGAUAUGGGUAUCCUGUUGAUGCCUUGUUAGAUGUGUUGAGCAAGCACAGGGAUAAGUAUCAUGAGCUAUUGUUGUCUGAUUGUCGCAAGCAGAUUGCAGAAGCACUUGCUGCUGAUACGUUUGAGCAGAUGUUGAUGAAGAAAGAGUAUGAAUAUUCUAUGAAUGUGCUUUCGUUUCAAUUACAGACGUCGGACAUUGUACCUGCAUUUCCAUAUGUUGCACCUUUUUCAUCCACUGUGCCUGAUUGUUGCCGAAUCGUAAGGUCUUUUAUUGAAGAUUCUGUGAGUUUUAUGUCAUAUGGUGGGCAGCUGGAAUUCUUUGAUGUUGUAAAGAAAUAUUUGGACCGGUUUCUGAGUGAGGUUUUGGAUGAAGCUUUAUUGAAGCUUAUUAGUACAUCAGUUCAUGGGGUAUCCCAGGCUAUGCAGGUUGCAGCAAACAUGGCUGUGCUAGAACGUGCUUGUGAUUUCUUCUUUCGUCAUGCCGCACAACUUUCAGGAAUUCCCUUGAGAAUGGCAGAGAGGGGUAGGCGACAGUUUCCACUAAACAAUGCUCGUGAUGCAGCAGAAGAAAUGCUAUCUGGGCUGCUUAAACAGAAGGUUGACGGUUUUAUGACCUUGAUUGAGAAUGUGAACUGGAUGGCUGAUGAGCCCACGCAAAGUGGCAAUGAAUAUGUGAAUGAAGUCAUGAUAUAUUUGGAAACUUUGGUUUCUACUGCUCAACAGAUUUUGCCAGCUCCUGUUCUGAAAAGAGUUCUGCAAGAUGUUCUUUCUCACAUUUCAGAGAUGAUUGUUGGGGCUUUACUUGGGGACUCAGUUAAGAGGUUUAGUGUCAAUGCUAUCAUGGGGAUUGAUGUAGAUAUCCGAUUAUUGGAAUCUUUUGCUGAUAAUCAAGCUGCUUUGUUCUCUGAAGGGGAUGCCAAUCAGUUGAAAACAGCACUUGCUGAGGCAAGGCAACUGAUUAAUUUGCUUUUGAGCAAUCAUCCUGAGAAUUUUCUGAAUCCUGUGAUCAGGGGGAGGAGUUAUAAUACAUUGGACUAUAGGAAAGUAAUGACAAUAUCAGAGAAGUUGAGGGAUCCUUCAGAUCGGCUAUUUGGAACAUUUGGGAGCAGGGCAGCCAGGCAGAAUCCAAAGAAGAAAUCUCUGGAUACAUUGAUUAAAAGACUCAAGGAUGUCAGUUGAUUUCAUACAGAACUGAAGAGGAGAUAAAAAAAUCUACCCUCCACCCCACCCCACUUAAAUCAGGGAAGAAGGGGAGAACAAACAAACAAGAAAAAGCACACACUUGCAACUAUUUUUUAGUGCAUCAAGAUGGAUGGCAUCUUACAGGAGUUGGAGCCACUGUUCGCUGUUGGGAUGCUUCUUUAACUCUCACCUUUACUUUGGCCACGAUAGACCGUUUCUGUUAGAUAACCUUGAUUUUAGUUGGCUUAAUAUAUACCAUUCAUAAUCAA